AUGAAGGCCUCAAUUGUUUUCUUCACCAUCGCAGGCAUUGCACUUGCCGCACCCCUCCCUCAAUAUGAGGGCCCCGGCGAAGAACCAUUGUACGAAUACUUUGGCGGAGUUCCCAACUACAGUCCCUACCCCUACCAGCCGAACGAACAGUAUGGGCAGGCACAAUACUCUCCGUAUUCAAUGGAAGAGGCGCCACCGCCGCAGCUUCUAGCCCCUCCAGCCCUAGGACCUCUCGACCGUCCUAGUGACCACGAUGAAUCAGCUGGUGUACCUCUCUCAGCUCAUCAAAUCCCUAAGCCAAGGCUUCCAAAGCCGCCCGGUUCUGGGCGGAGACCGCUCACGAAGCCGGUGUCUGAGAAACCUCAAGACAAGAGCUCUCUCGCUGAGAAGCUUUCCAACGACUUUGAAUUCGCUGGGCCAGCCCCUACCUACGCUGAUGGUCCAGUUUCAGCUGCUGCUCCGGCGCCAAGCACCGGAAGACCUACCAUCACUGAAGAUAGGACAGAUGACAACGAAGCUGUUCGCUAUCACGUUAACGUUGGUGGGGUGCAGAAGGGGGGUAACGGUGGCACCACCAACUUCCACGUCUUCUCAGAUGAAAACGGAGAUAAGAUGUUCUCGAACGAGAUGGAUGAGGAGACUGAGCGGUACAUUACCGAGAACAUGAUCCCCAAGCUUGGUGGAAAGAGAAAGGGGAAGUCCACACCAGGAGUUUGGAGUGUCUUUGGAGACAAAUAG